CAUCUUCUUUCCUACGGCGGCGCAGCACUACCUCUGCUAGCGCAUGUCGCGAAUGAGUCAAUUUCUAGACUAAGGAUGAAUUUGGGGCUCCUUAUUCGGGUACGACCUCGGCGUCCCAAUGUGACCGGAUAUUAUCCUCAUUCGGUGUCCUCAGGCCGUUGAUUUAACGCCGGAGCGAGGAUUGCAACUCAUAGAUCGGCUGCACUUUCCCCAGCUCACGUUUAAAAGCAAGGGUGAUUCCGAACCUCACCCAAGUCACUAAACAUGCACCUGUUGAUAUCUUGCCUCGCCUCUGCCCUCCCAGCAACGAUGCUGGCCUCGGCUUUCUAUCGGGCAUUGCGCCCUCGCAGAAACGAGAUCGACUUCAACUUCCAACCUAGCGCGCUGCUCAGUGUUGUCGGAUCGACUGUGGCUUUGAUACUGCAGAACCACCAUCCCAGUAUCAGCCUCGCCAUGCACAAUCAUUCGAACUUUCAAGAACGUCCGCUGAUUCGCUAUCUCCGUACCUUCAUAUACGUCGAGCUCGCAUUGAACGGUACCAACCAGGAGCAAGAGCAGACGGCCUCCUGGCUACGCUGGAUGCAUCGGCACAUCCGUGGGCCGGUGACCGAGAAGACGCGCGCCGAUUUCGGAAUCCCAGAUGGCAUCGACAUGUACGGCUACCUGGACGACCUCAAGGUCUACGUCAUUCAGACUCUGACCUGGGUCACGAUUGCAUUCGAAGAGCGGUUCAAUGGCGAACUGUCGCCCCGCAUGAAGGAUCUCAUCGUAUGGGAGUACACGUGUGCAGCAAUGCGUCUCGGUGUCCCGAGGGAGAUGCUAUCUUCAUCCUAUCCAGAUUUCAUCUCCGCCUUCAGUGCUCGUAUCGACUCACUUUCGACCGAGUGCAAGCUUACCUCCGACAUCAUCUUUUCCUUGGAAGCGAGCAUCUUGGUCUCAACUCGCAUGCGCUGGAUCACGUCGCUGGGUCUUAGGGCGGCAUUUCUCGUCGGACAUACCCUAUUGCCGGAGGAGUUGAAGGCACAGUACGUCCUCGCUGGUGUGCGCAGCCCCGUUUCGCGCAUGGUGCAGCGAGUCUUAUGCGCGCUUCUUUGGCUGCUAUAUCCGCUCCUGCUGUGGCUCCCACUUCGUGGUUUGAUUGCUUUCGUUAUCUUCCUCGAGCCAAGCAUGAAAGGCGUUGUAUCGGCGAGUUUCACUCCGUCUUUCUUCCGCGUGAUAGCAGCUGAAUUUGCACGUAAACAGUCAACUCUGCGGACGAUCCAUUCGAUGGACGUAAUAGAGGAUCGGCCAAUCCCGACCUCUGCCUCUGGAAUAGAACACGCAGACUACAUUGACUGGCUUGAAAAUAGUGGCCGUAUCCGCCCCUCGUUCCUCCAGCGUGCCUUCAUUAGCUUGCUGAAGUUUCGAGCCGGCUCUAUCUCCCUCUUGAGGAUGUGUUCGAGCAUCAUCGGCCACGUAACGAGCUCAAUUCGAUUUCAUCUGCUUGACAUGAUCGAGAGGUCCCGCUCUCGUCUGCUGGGCUCUCGUAUGAAGGACGCGAAAGUGAGCCCUUUGCAUGUUGGCAUGAUCAUGGACGGCAAUCGUCGCUUUGCUCGUCGGCGGAAUGAGCAAAUCAUCGCAGGGCACCGAACGGGUGCCGUGACUGCUUCUCGGGUGGUAGAAUGGUGGCUCAGGCACCGCCACAUCGGCCCGCGAUACCUGACAUGCUGGGCCUUUUCAUCAGACAACUUCGCCCGGCCGACUGCGGAGCAGGACGGGCUGUUCGGCCUCAUGACGAGCGAGUUCAAGGCGCUCGCGUUCUCCAGCGUCGUUCAUCUCUAUCGCAUCCGGAUCACCUUCAUCGGCAGCGCGAAUGCCCGGACUAAACUGCCGCCCACGCUGGUCGAGGCCAUGGACUUUGUCGAGCGAGUGACGGGUGGGUAUGAUGCUCUGUUUUUGCAGAUCGCUGUCGGAUACGGGGGCAGGGAGGAGAUUGUGGACGCUGUCAAGUCGCUCCAGGACCGUCAGGAACGCAUCAGCGAGGCGAGUGUCUCGCGUGAGAUGUACGGCCGUGAGCAGGGUAUUCCCCCUGUGGAUCUGAUUGUGCGCACCUCUGAAAAGCGGACCAGCGGAUUUCUGCUAUGGGACAGCCAAGCGGCCGAAUUGCACUUCAUCGAUAAACUGUGGCCUGAGUUAUCGGAGCUAGACUGGCUGCAGACUCUGGAUGCCUAUGCCGAGCGGGAGAUUAGGGGCGGGAAGUAAACAGAGAAACAGUCGGAGAUCCCCCGGUGGUGACGAGACGUUACUUAUGUCAGCAACACAGAGCAGCGGAAGUGGAAGAGAAAAUAUUGAUUUAGAAUGCUAGUCAGUCCACAAUCUUAUACACGAGCGACACAAUCGGAGAUCCUCGGGAGCAGUGAGAGAUUACUUAUGCUAGCUGUAUAAACCAAAUUGGGAAGAGAAAAAUUUGCAGUAGAAUCUUAGUCAGCGCACGAUGUGUAGAAUUUUACCCCAGC